AAAUUGAAUUGGAGAGGAAACCGAACUAUGAAUUUAAAACUCACACGCAUACUCUUAUUCAUCUGAAUUUUCAUAGACUCUCAUCGCCGCCUCCGUCGCCGCCGUCGUCUUUAUCCGUAAUUCUUUUCGAUUCCAUCGUUCCGGUGUUUGAUAGAAAAUGACAAAGAGUAGUUUCAAGUUAGAGCAUGAUUUUGAGAAGAGACGUGCUGAGGCUGCUAGAAUUAAGGAGAAAUAUUCAGACCGAAUUCCGGUAAUUGUUGAGAAGGCUGAAAGAAGUGAUAUACCUAUCAUUGACAAGAAAAAGUACCUUGUCCCUGCUGACCUAACAGUUGGUCAGUUCGUCUAUGUAAUCCGUAAAAGAAUUAAACUGAGUGCAGAAAAAGCCAUCUUCAUAUUUGUGGAUGAUGUCCUCCCACCAACAGGAGCAAUUAUGUCUACUAUCUAUGACGAAAAGAAGGAUGAAGAUGGAUUUCUUUACGUAAGAUAUAGCGGAGAGAACACAUUCGGAUGGGAGUUACUGCAGUAGUUGAAUCUCUUGAAUAAUAUUCAUUCCCCCAUUAUGUUAUUAUCGCUAUUCAGCUCAUUAUUCUGCUUCAAUGAAUAUUUCUACCAUGUACAGUUACUGUAUAUACUUGUUUUCUUUCAAGUAAAUAAACACCAACUGCUGAAUAACAUAUCAUUUUAACGA